AUGGUGAUGGUGCGGGCGACGGCCCGGGGAAUUGGCAGCGGCGGGGCCUCCUUCCCACACCCUCCUCCUCACCAUCUGCUCCUCCCUCACACCUGGCCGGGAGCCGCGGACGCCUCCUCCGCACGCAGUCGGUUCCUGGAGAAGCGUCAGGAAGGCGCAGAGACACUGGAGCUGAGCGCUGAUGGGCGCCCAGUGACCACGCACACGCGGGACCCUCCUGUGGUGGACUGCACCUGCUUUGGUCUCCCUCGCCGCUAUAUCAUUGCCAUCAUGAGUGGUCUGGGUUUCUGCAUCAGCUUCGGCAUCCGCUGCAACCUGGGCGUGGCCAUCGUGUCCAUGGUCAACAACAGCACGACCCACCGCGGGGGCCACGUGGUGGUGCAGAAAGCCCAGUUCAACUGGGAUCCAGAGACUGUCGGCCUCAUACAUGGCUCCUUUUUCUGGGGCUACAUUGUCACUCAGAUUCCUGGAGGAUUUAUCUGCCAAAAAUUCGCAGCCAACAGGGUCUUUGGCUUUGCCAUUGUGGCUACCUCCACCCUAAACAUGUUGAUCCCCUCAGCAGCCCGUGUCCACUAUGGCUGUGUCAUUUUCGUGAGGAUCCUGCAGGGAUUGGUGGAGGGGGUCACAUACCCUGCCUGCCAUGGCAUCUGGAGCAAAUGGGCCCCUCCCUUAGAACGGAGUCGACUGGCGACAACAGCCUUUUGUGGUUCCUAUGCUGGGGCAGUGGUUGCCAUGCCCCUCGCUGGGGUCCUGGUGCAGUAUUCAGGAUGGAGCUCCGUUUUCUAUGUCUAUGGCAGCUUUGGGAUCUUUUGGUACCUGUUCUGGUUGCUGGUCUCCUAUGAGUCACCUGCACUGCACCCGAGCAUCUCAGAAGAGGAGCGCAAAUACAUUGAGGAUGCCAUUGGAGAGAGUGCCAAGCUCAUGAACCCUGUUACGAAGUUUAACACACCCUGGAGGCGCUUCUUCACGUCCAUGCCCGUCUAUGCCAUCAUUGUGGCCAACUUCUGAGGUAGCUGGACCUUCUACCUGCUCCUCAUUUCACAGCCUGCCUACUUUGAAGAAGUCUUCGGUUUUGAGAUCAGCAAGGUGGGCCUGGUGUCGGCACUGCCUCACCUUGUCAUGACCAUCAUCGUACCCAUCGGAGGCCAGAUUGCCGACUUUCUUCGCAGUCGCCGUAUCAUGUCCACCACCAAUGUGCGAAAAUUGAUGAACUGUGGGGGCUUUGGGAUGGAAGCCACGCUGCUGCUGGUGGUCGGAUACUCGCACUCCAAAGGUGUGGCCAUCUCCUUCCUUGUCCUGGCUGUGGGCUUCAGCGGCUUUGCCAUCUCUGGGUUUAAUGUGAACCACUUGGACAUCGCCCCUCGAUAUGCCAGCAUCUUGAUGGGCAUCUCCAAUGGCGUGGGCACACUGUCUGGGAUGGUGUGUCCCAUCAUCGUGGGUGCGAUGACCAAGCACAAGACUCGGGAAGAGUGGCAGUACGUGUUCCUCAUCGCCUCCCUGGUGCACUAUGGGGGUGUCAUCUUCUAUGGGGUCUUUGCUUCGGGAGAGAAGCAGCCGUGGGCAGAGCCAGAGGAGAUGAGCGAGGAGAAGUGUGGCUUUGUCAGCCAUGACCAGCUAGCUGGCAGUGAUGAAAGCGAAGUGGAAGACGAGGCUGAGCCCCCGGGAGCACCCCCCGCACCUCCUCCUUCGUAUGGGGCCACACACAGCACAGUUCAGCCUCCGAGGCCCCCACCCCCUGUCCGGGACUACUGACCGUGUGCCUCCCACUGAUUGGCAGUUUCCAGGACCUCUACUCAACGCACCUCUAGCCCGAGCUGCAGUGCUGAGGAGCCCGACCCCGCUCUGUCUGUCUCAGGCCUAAGAUGCAAGUCUUCCCUUGUUCCCAGUGCUGUCAACCAACCUUCUCCCCUCUCAGCUGCCUCUCAAGGGGGUGAAGCCGCACACUGGCAGUUUCAAGGAUACCCAAGCAUCCCUGAAAGUUGUUCUUUGCUUGUUCCCCCGAAUGGUUUCAAAUCUCUCCUUUCAGGCUUUAUUUGGAUGGACUGUUCAACCCUUCACUCUCUUGUGGUUUUGAGGUUCCACCCCUUUUUGUAGGACCCCAGGGAUUCUCAGGCUACCCCAAAAUUAUUCAGCUGGUCCCCAACUCAAAAAAAUUCAUGGUUGUCAUCUAUUAGUUCCAAGGCUCUCCUAACCAUUCUGCAUUUCCCAAGUUGGUUCAACCAACCACCAACCCCGCCAUUCCAAGGACUGAUUCUCACCAGCGUUUCUGAGGGAAAAUGGCGGCUUCAAGUCUCCCCACUCUUUACUUCCCUCCUCCCCUUGCCAGCACUUUGCCAGGCCUUGUCCCUUGUCCUUAGCUUAGUACAAUGUCCAGGGAAAUGGCCGAAGUGGCUCCACUCACCCUGUGCUUUUUCUGACUUAGUUUUCAGGUCUAAGUAGUGGCUGCUCCAGUCCAUUAACUCAGUGGCUAGAAGCUGUCACUUAUUCCCCGGGGUGGUUUCAGGAUCUCCCUUUCCCCCCAAAUCCUUGCACUUUAUCCUCCUGGGUAGUUCAGACUGCCCUCAGUUUCUCAGUGGCCAUUUGUGUGUCCCUCAGGGGCUAAAUUACUCCAAAUAGGGAUGAUUCCCCUCAUAGUUACCCCUCUUUCAACUUAGAAAUGUGGGGAUUGUGUGUGAGAGGGGAGAAGGAGCCCAGGAAAGGGAGCAGGCUUGGGAGACGAGCGCUGUUCCCGGGGCAGGGUUGUGUCUUUGUGUCUGUCUGUGACAGUAAAUCCUGCUCUGCCCAUCCCACGUCCAAUAAAUGCUCUGGUGUACA